CAAUAGAUUUCUGAUCUGAAGCUUCUUUGCUGUUCUUCGUUUCUUUUCAUCUUGUUUCUAUUGAUCGAUCUUCAUCGCUAAUAUUAGCAAUGGCAAAUUCUGGAGUUCCUGCUAAUUCUACAAUCGGACCUAUGAAUCCUUUAUAUCUUCAUCCUUCUGAUAAUCCUGGGAUGAAUCUGAUAUCCAAACAGUUUGAUGGAGAAGGAUUUGGUUCGUGGAAGAAGUCCAUGUCAAUUGCUUUAUCUGCAAAAAAUAAACUGGAAUUCGUGAAAGGAAAUAUUGUGAAACCGAUUGGAGAUCCACCACAACUCAGCGCUUGGCAACGCUGCAAUGACAUGAUAACUUCUUGGAUCCUGAAUGCGCUGACUAAGGAAAUUGCAGACAGUGUUCUAUAUGCCAAUUCAGUGUGUGAGAUCUGGACAGAGCUUGAAGAGAGAUAUGGUCAGUCCAACGGUGUGAAGCUUUAUCANUUGCUAAUGAGGCCUUUACCAACUGUUAGUCAAGCUUAUGGACAUUUGAUUCAUGAAGAAAGGCAAAGAGGAAUUCAAGCUUCUUCACCUCUUGUCUCAGAACAUGCCUCUUUAAAUGUUAAUAGUCACAAUUCAUUCAAACCUGGAAGCAAUAUAGGAGGGUACAAAGGCAGAUUUGAUAACAAGAAAUUAGUCAUAUGUGAGCAUUGUAAGAAGCCAGGACAUUCAGCCAAUAAGUGUUACAGACUUGUUGGAUUCCCAAAAGAUUUCAAGUUCAAUAAGGCAAAGAAGAUAGCAGCUCACACCUCUACUGGUGAAGACUCCACAGGAAAUGAAGAGAACAUUACUAAUCAAAGCUCUGAUACCAUGUUGAUUUUCAUGAGUCUGGUGAAGAUUUCAGAGAAAUCUUCGUGAUGAAAGGAAGAAGAACGCUGAAGGUUGCAGCGUAAAAAUAGGAACUGAUCCAACGAGAAUGAGAGAGAAAAAUAUCUGGCAGGAUUUUUUUCGAAAUCAACUAAAAUACAAUACAAGCAAGUAUUUAUACUCAAGGACUCUAAGCCACAUCAUCUACUUGUCCAACUCAGCAAAUAAGAGAAAACAAAUAAAAUGAGUUUAUCUACUAACAGUAUGUAAAAUUCAUUCUUUAGCCACAAUUACAAGUUUGAGCUUUUGAUUGAGUUGGUUCCUUGACACCCACUAUUAGCUUAGCGACAACAAAAUGACUACUUAAUAAAGCUUAUCAUGCCCA